AUGAACCCCUCUACGCUUCCGGAUAUGUCGGGGAUGGACGUCUUGGGUUUACACAUCUCUAACCCAAGCUCCAAAGCGCCUCACGCGCAUCCUUACCCUUCCUCUAUUGCCUCCUCCGCCUCUUCCUCUUCCUCCUCGGUCUUUUCGCUCGACGCCUCACAGAGUUCGGUUUCAUCCACCGCGACCAACCCCGUCGACGUGAUUUGGGAGAAUGAGGGAGAGACACUCGGGAGACCUAUGGCCACAUGCCCUCGUGCUUUUACCAAGGGAGCUCCUCCUAAGCUCGAUGGUGCUGUGCCUGCCGAGCUGCGUAUGCAUCCUCGGCGCACCAACGUUGCGACCAACGGUUCCGCCGCGCGGCCUCCGCCAUGUCUGCUCCGGCAGUCCGAGCGGAAGGUGAAUUUCGUCGAUAACCUCGUCGAUACGGCGUCGCAAAUCGUCGAAAACAUCUGGCCGUUGUCUGCCGCGGCAUCCCGAAGUGAUGCCGCGACGGGUUCCAAAGGAGUUCUUCCUCUGCGGACGUUUAUCCAGGAAACCCUUCGUCGUUCACGUACUAGUUACUCCACCCUGCAGGUGGCUUUAUAUUAUUUGAUUAAGAUUAAGUCCCAUGUGCCCUCGCACGACUUUACCAAGGAGCAACCUCGGAAUCAGUCGUGUAUGCGGGCCAUGCAGUGUGGUCGCCGCAUGUUUUUGGCGGCUCUCAUCCUGGCCUCUAAGUAUCUCCAAGAUCGCAACUACUCUGCCCGCGCGUGGAGUAAGAUCUCGGGGCUGAACACACUGGAGAUCAACCAGAAUGAGUUGAUGUUCCUCGAGGCUGUCGGAUGGCGCCUGCACAUCUCCGAAGCUACCUUCCAGCGCUGGACCGACCUCGUCUUGAAGUUGACCCCCGGUGCUGGUGGCCUCCCAGCUAGUGAGGGCCAGUGCUGGCGCACCGUCCUGCCUCGUCUUACUCCCGAGUUGGAGUCUCUCGACUUUGAGCCGAUGACUCCCGUCUCGAUGGGUAGUAUGGAUCUGGGCUUGGCCGACUCCCCCUCGCCACGCAGUGCUCCGAGCAUCGAGUCGCUUCGCUCCAUGUCGCGCGAACAGACUCCCACCUGCCCGCGCAGCCUGCCUCGGACGAUGGAGCCCACGCCUCGCCUGGAGUACGCGCAUCUGCCGAUGCCGACCAUCUCCCGCCCUCAGAUGCUGCCCACGCCUCAGAUGACCCCUCAGUCGCACGUUGCCUGCACUCCUGCUGCGAGUGUAUGUGGCCCCCGCCGUCCUUCCAUCGGUACUGCGAUGUCCCAGGCUCAGAACUUGGGAAUGGCGCGCUCGACUCUUGAUCAGCGCCCGCCGCUCUCGUUCUGUUCCCGGGCUCCGUCGUAUGAUGGAUAUCCGGUUGCGGUUCGUCGGUCUUCUUUGGCUCGCUCGACCUCGUCGGCUUCAUCGGCCUCGUCUCCAGACUCGAUGGUCUCGGACGUGUCGACUUUGUCGUCGCGCUCUUCGCGAUCUUCGUCGGUCUCUUCCAGCGCCUCAGGUGCCGGUUGCCCAGCUCCUUCUCGCCUGGCCGUGACGGCCACCUUGCGUUGCACCAACAACUCUCUCAAGGAGAGUCGCAAGACUCUGGCGAUUGCGUCCCCGAUCGACGAGACGACUUCUCUGGUGGAUCUCUACAGUUCUUCUGACUACCCAGGUGCGAUGGGCUCUGCGCCGGACUUGUCCUCGUUUACCCUGGACUCUAGUCUGAGCGAAGCUGCCCGGAGUCUCUGCGAGUUGUCGGGUGCUACUCCCGAGCGCCGCCAGUGUCGCAAACGCGGUCGUACUGGCUCCGACGAUCUGCUCCUCCAGAACCACGUUCGCCAUCUGAUCGAUGCGGGCGCAUCUGGCGUUCCUGCAUCCGUCCUUCCCGACGGGCAGCUGGCUAACUCGUUCCUGGUUUCGAACGGAUCGUCGCUUUCAGGUCCCGCUGGCAUGAAGCGGGCUUGCUGUGGCAGCGAGGCGCGCAAGAUUGCUCUCAACCCGAGCAUUCGCGCAGACUACCUGAACUAA